GAGGCGUACAGUCUCUAUUCUCUCUCAAUUAAACCUCUGACGACUCACUUCAAGGCUUAAUUCGAGCUAGAAAACCUAAUGCAGACUGUUUAGAGGAGGUUAUAUCAAUGGAUACUGUUACAGCAGCAUCGGCUGCAUUAUGCUCCCAUUUCACUAAUGAACACAUGGAAACUUUACGACAGAAGGAGGUGUACAGUGAUCAUGGCGGCCACUAAGAGCAUGCCGGACUGCAUCUACUCCACUGUCAACAGGGUAAAGAAGGGCUGUGCUGGUGAGAGAGGUGAUUUCCAUAUCUCUUCAGGAGAAAACAAGAAAGCUAGGAAAAAAAGAGAGGUGGCACCAAAACUCCCCUUCACCCCACUAGACAACCUGAACAACCAGCGGGGAGAAUCACCCACGAUGGCUCACAGGAGGCCGAGCUUCGACCCUCACAGCAAUGAGAGCGCUCUCUUGGUGAGCAACAAGCUCCCCAGAUCCAAUGGAGCCAACAUCAAGGACAAGAUUUCUCUAUGGGAGGGGAAGGAACCCACACAUUCACCAGUUACCUCAGGUUCUUUGGGCCAGUGCGCCGGCAUAAAAAGGACAGAAUCCCUCACAAAAACCAAUAAAACUUCUGAUGAGUCGAGUGCAGAGAGUUGCAGGAGAGUAGCUCAUAAGGAAAAGGAAAAUCCUGGGAAAGAGAAUGUUGGAAAUCUUAGUGAUUCAAGGCCUUGUUCACCUGUUGAAACUGGGAAACAGCAAAGAGGGACGCUUAAGAGCGGCAAGCCCAGUGAAAACCACAAAGGGGAGGAUAGCGGCAGAGUCGUGCACAAGGAAAAGCAAGAUCACGAGAAAGAGAACUUGGAAAAGCUUGUUGGUUCAAGGCCUUGUUCGCCGACAGUAGCAGUACAGCAGCCAGUGGGGACGUUGAGGAAAAGCAAUGAAAGCCAGGAGAAGAGAUCUGUAUUCACCCUUUUUAAAAACCUGGAGGCUAUGGGGGAGAACCACGGGAAAACCCCUCCGGAGCUUGGAAACUACUUCAGUCCACCGAGCAAGGACAAACAGGUGGGUCAAACUAGUGCAGCGAAAGGGAAGCAGCCCCGGGAGAAUGUGUACACAGAGCCAGGGGCGCCCCCAAUCAACCCAGUCCCCAAACCCCAACGCACCUUUGAGCAUCCAGCCAGCGCCCCCAUUGGGAAGAGUCAGAGGAAGGGGAGAGAGCAGAGGAACCUCCCCCCACUGCCCUCCAUCUCUACAAAGACUUCCUCAAAACCUCCAUCUGGUGUCUAUGGGAGACCCAGGGGAGAGAGAGUCAGAGACAACGUCAACAGGAAAUCCUUUGAGUUUGAAGACCUCGCAGGGUCAACUAGCCCGCUGCUCUCUCACUCACUGUCUCAGGAGCAUCACUAUGAAGACGUCCCAGACUCGUCCAAAGAGAACCCAUAUGAGGACAUAGAGUUGGAGAGUCAAUGCUCCCAGCAGUCUCUGCCCUCCUCUCCUGGCGCCGAUACCACCAAGACCUCGAGGCCUGGCUUCUUCAGGCAGAAUUCAGGCAGAAGCUUCAAGCUGCUGGACCUGCGGAGAACCAACCAGUCGCCCCGCCGCACCAGCAGCGGGGGCGUUUCAUCUCCACCCCAGCUUAGCCCUCCCUCCACCCCCGCUGGGCCUGAAAACACUUCCUGGGUGCCCGGAGAUCCCUACAGCCGCACCUGCCGCAGGAUACCAACGGUUGUACUAAGAAUCAACAGCAUCUUUGAGGCUCGGAUCGGGAAGAAACAUCUACGAAGGAUCUAUCAUUACGCUGAGACAAGCUCAGGGAGAGUUACAGAUGAGAACAGCGACUCUGAGAGUGAAGUUGAAGAAAGAGCAAAAGCUCAUCGUCAGCGUCUCAGGUCAGUCAAGUCCAUACUGAGCAAACCAAGCCAGGCCCACUACAACAGCACCAACACCAGAAACAGCUCUCUGGACCAGGAGCUCCACCAGCGUCGGCUCUUUGAGUAUUUUCUAGUCGUGUCGCUGCAGAAGUCGAAAGCUGGUGCCCACUAUCUGCCGGAGGUCACACAGCAGUUUCCCCCGAAGCUGGAGCGGAGCUUCAAGUUCAUGAGGGAGACAGAGGAUCAGCUGAGGAUCAUUCCUCAAUUCUGUUUCCCUGAUGCAAAAGACUGGGAGCCGGUGGAGAACUACCCAAGUGAGAUGUUCUCCUUUGUUUUGACUGGAGAGGAUGGGAGCAGGAGGUUCGGAUACUGCCGGCGUUUACUGCCCAGUGGAAAAGGUAAACGUCUACCAGAAGUCUACUGUAUUGUCAGUCACCUCGGCUGUUUCAACCUGUUCUCCAAGGUGCUGGAUGAGGUGGAGAGGCGGAGGGCUUUGUCUCCAGCCCUUGUGCAGCCUUUUAUGAGAGCCAUCAUGGAGGCUCAGUUUCCAGCUCCAGGCAGAACCAUCACCAUCAAAACUUUCCUCCCUGGCUCAGGCACUGAGGUGAUGGAGCUCUGUCGGCCCUCUGACUCGCGCCUGGAGCACGUGGACUUUGAGUGUCUGUUCUCCUGUCUGAGUCUGCGCCUGCUCCUCCGGGUGUUGGGGUCUCUGCUGCUGGAGCGAAGGGUCAUCUUCACCGCUGACAAGCUCAGUACUCUCUCCAAGUGCUGCCAUGCUGUCGUGGCGCUGCUUUACCCCUUUGUGUGGCAGCACACCUACAUCCCCGUGCUGCCCUCGGCCAUGCUCGACAUCGUCUGCACUCCAACCCCGUUCAUCGUUGGCCUGCUGUCCAGCUCCCUGCCCCAGCUCACUGAGCUGCCCCUGGAGGAGGUUCUGGUUGUGGAUCUUGGAAACAGUCGAUUUCUCAGACAAUUGGACGAUGAGGACUCCAUCCUGCCCUCUAAGCUCCAAUCAGCCCUGGAGACUGUUCUGGAGAGGAGAAGAGAGCUGGCUAAUGAGAGAGGAGGAGACACACCUGGUGAUUCUGGCCAUCUUAGCACCGUUGUGUCCGAGGCCUUCGUGCGGUUCUUCGUGGAGCUGGUAGGCCACUAUCCACUCUUCAUCACAGGGGAACGGGAAGACGGCUACUCGUCCUCUUCUUCCUCCCCGGUCCCCUGCUCUUUCCAGCGCGAGGGUUUUCGUAAAGCAAUCCCGUCAAAGACUGUGCGUCGCUUCCUGGAGGUCUUCAUGGAGACCCAGAUGUUCGGCUGGUUCAUCCAGGAGAGAGAGCUCCACAGGCAGGCUCUGAGAGGACUGUUUGAAGUGAGGGUGCAGGAGUAUCUAGACUCCAUCCACGAGAAUGAACACCGGAGGGUUAACAGGUUUCUCAAAGGCUUGGGUGAGUUUGUUUCUGAGCUGUUCUUUCCUUGUUGUAGUGAAACAAACUCUGUGAAAACAAUCUACAGUAGGCUCAUUCUCACCUUGAAUCACUCUUGUUUUUUUCCCUUUGCUCUAGGAAACAAAAUGAAAUUUCUUUCCAAGAAAUAAGGCCACUAUAAUUGCACACAAAGAGACACAAACUAAAAAGAAGAAACACUGAAACAAGGAAAGACUUCACGGACUGCAGAAAUCCAACAAAAAAAAUGAUCACUUGAAUGCUUUUAUUUUUUAGAUACGCUCGUUCACGCCAUCCUCAUCUGUGUCACCGUGUGAGACUUUUCCUCAAGGACUCAUGAUGGACACAGUGAAGCUCUAGUGAAUCCCAAAAAAGAAAAAUCCUGCUGUAUUUCACAUACAUAUUGAAACAUGGGACUGUAGACUCACAGAAAUACAUAAGAGGUUCCUGGUUGGUUGGUUUUUUUAGAUUACAUUCUUCAGGCAACAACAUUCAUGAGCACAAAUAACACAAUUUAUGAAGAUUAAAUUGGUCCGAGGUAUAAUGCUGUAAGAUACAUAUGGCUGGCAAAUUAAAGGGAAAACCUGAAUAUAUGAGUAUAGAGUGCAAAGGACACAAGGGGUCACUGAAUGGUUUGAUGAGUAUGAUAAUUAGGACGUUUGGUAGUCAGUCAACCUUUCACUGUUACUUGACUUGAAAGUCCACAGUCACCGCACUCUCUAAAUCCACAAGGGGGCAGUAGUUUGUUUUCUUUGAUUAGAUGAUCUUCACAUUGUCAGUGACUGACCAGAAAAUGACAUAGACCUGCUUUCCUGAUCUUUAAUGCUUCUUUAAUGUUUUUUUUAUCAUAGCAGUGACAACAUCACAAGAAAAUGAAUAAAAUAAAACAAAAUAGAUAAAUAUUCUCAGCUUGGUGUUUUGAACUUGAAGUGGUGAGUUACUGUUUUGACGUUGCCGUGCUCCCCCCACCAUUGAAACAAAUGGCUCAUAUAAUCAAUGCAUUACAUACUUACAGUUUGGAUGUCAUCAUUGUAAACUUUGUAAAUCUCUCACCUCCCUCCAGUUUGUAGAUUAGAAACGGUUGCAUCAAUUGAUGGUAUGAACAUACGGUAUAAGACACUGUGCUCAAAAUAUUUGUAUUUUAUUACACAUUGCAAAAUGCUGAGCUGAAAAUCAAAGCCAAGUUAAUUGCAUUCACUCAGCAUUUGUGUGUCAGUUUUACACAGUGAGUAAUCCGCAUACCACCCAUUCGCUAACCAGUCACUGUGUUUGUGUGCUCAAAGUUAUUUGGCCUUUUUACUACAAAGAGCCUCGGUUCAGAGUUGGUGGCAGCUUUACUAUUUUAGUCUCUGAGUCAUGGAAACAAAGCAGAUCUUUAGCCCACGAAGAGGAAAGCACAUCUUUGUCAGCAUGAAAACACAACACAGGUGCAGAGCAGAGCAUAGUAGUGUAUUGUUUUGGGGACCAGUGCGCUCAGUUCGUGCCUGCUGAGCAAGCCCAAGGGGCCCCCAGGGCAUCGCCCAGCAACCCAAUCUGUCAUCUUGUUAGUGGCAAGUUCACACACACCCGCUGACACAGAUGUUGAUGCAUACACACAGAUGCACAGAGAGUACAAAACAUGUCAAACAGAUACAGGCUCAUAAUUGUACAUACUCUAAAACAAUGAUGACCACCCAGAGGUAUUUGCACCCCAAGGAGCACUUCUGCAUUUGCCCCUGGGUACACUGGGUACAGUGAAAACGUCAUGGAAUAGCAAAUGUGAAAACCAUACCGCAGCUUCCUAUCUGGCUCCCAA